AUGGCCACGAUAGCACAAUCAGCAUCUACGCCUGCUAGGGUUCUUAUUUACUCUGCCACCGCCGACUUCCGGCAUGAUUCCAUUCCAACAGCGCGAGACGCUCUUAUUGCGCAAGGCUCGACCGCGAAUAUCCAGUUCGACGCAACGGAGGAUCAGGGAACGUUCACGGAUGAUGGGUUGUCCGUUUACGAUGCGUUAGUGUUCCUCAUGAAUACCGGAGAAGCAGUCCUCGACGAGAACGGUAAAGCGGCAUUGCAGAAGUACCUUGACCUCGGCGGCAACUUUGUUGGGAUUCAUUCUGCUUCUGAUGCUCUUCGGAACACGACGUUCUAUGGUAAUGAGGUUGGAGCAUACUUUGACUACCACCCAGAGCUACAGAACGCGACGGUAGACGUGAUCGACUCAUCGCAUCCCAGCACAAGUAUGCUGCCCACCGAAUGGCACGUACAGGACGAGAUGUAUAACUUCAAGUCUGACCCUCGAUCCAUUGGUGCCGUUGUCCUACUCUCCGCCAAUGAAUCCUCCUAUACUGAUACUGGGACCCGGAACUUUGACCAAGGAACGCCCCAUCCUACAGCUUGGUAUCAAGAACAUGGUGCAGGCGUGCAAGGCAAUGGAACCGCUGGUCGAAGCUUCUACACUAGCUUAGGACACUUGAACGAAACAUGGGCGGAUUCUACGUUCAUGGCCCACGUCAUGGGUGGUAUCACUUGGGCACUGGAUUCCAACCUGACCAGAGCGUUCAACGCGAGCGGUCAGGUCGGCAAUCCAGAGGCAACUGCGUCUAGUACUAACUCCACAGCUGGUGCUGGUACUAGCACUAGUACGUCUGCGUCCUCUUCUGCUUCUGGAAGCACUUCGAGGUGA